UUUAUACACAUCCAUCUCUAGCACCAAAUUCGUCGGGUGCUGAAAAUUUAGUUGAAUAUUAAGUCUAAUUAAUAAUUAAAUAUGACGGAGCUACUAAUAGAUCCCGAUAUACGCGUGUGGGUGUUCUUGCCCAUCGUAUUAAUCACAUUUUUAGUUGGUAUUGUGCGCCAUUACGUGUCCAUUCUGAUAUCCACGCAGAAAAAAGCAGAGAUGACCCAAAUCAUGGACAGCCAAGCCAUGAUUCGCGCUCGGCUGCUGCGCGAGAAUGGAAAAUAUCUGAGUGCCCAGUCGUUCUCCAUGAGAAAGAACUUUUUCAACAACGAGGAGACGGGAUAUUUCAAGACACAGAAACGUGCGCCGGUCGCACAAAACUCUUCGGCGAUGCUGACUGACAUGGUCAAGGGUAACUUUAUAAAUGUGCUGCCCAUGGUCGUUAUUGGUGGCUGGAUCAAUUGGAUGUUCUCGGGUUUUGUGACCACCAAAGUUCCAUUCCCUCUCACACUGCGCUUCAAGCCUAUGCUGCAGCGCGGCGUGGAGUUGGCUUCCCUCGAUGCUGCCUGGGUGUCGUCAGCCUCAUGGUAUUUCCUGAACGUCUUUGGCUUGCGUUCCAUUUACACGCUUGUGCUCGGCGAGAACAACCACGCGGAUCAGACACAAGCCCAGGCCGAUGCUAUGACCGGCGCAGCAAUGACCAUGCCCCAGGACCCGAAGGCGGCCUUCAAAGCCGAAUGGGAGGCACUGGAGAUCACAGAGUAUCACAACGCGCUUAAAAACAUCGAUACGGAAAUGUUGAGCAUCGCCAACGAAGCCAUCGCAUCCUAGCUGCGCCCAAAGAAAUCGAAUGUUCCGUAUAACAAGCGUGAGAGUUUUUUUUUAAGGUUUACCUAUUAGCAAAAUUUAGACGACGGAUUCUGAACGAAGCAGUGAAGUUUGUUUUCGAGUCUUGCAAUUAAUAAACUAUUAUGUCUACGAA